AACCAGCUGCAGACGUCGCUCACACAAACCCUGGACUGGAAAGUGUGUAGUGCACCCCUUGGUUCUUUCUGUGCUGCCUGCCUUUCCUUCUUGCUUGUUCUGGAAACUUUACUGUGAUUUCUGGGUGCAAUCUCUGUUGCUCCCAUAUCAUCUGUUCUGCCAUGGCUUCUAGGAAGGCCUGGGCACUAGGCUUCUUUCUCAUCUUGUUGUGCUCAUUUCAGCUCCCCAGAGCACAGGGGGAGGAGGAGCAGCAGCACCACCACGACCAGCACCAUCACCAUGGAGACGUAGAGCAUCAUGCCGGCCACCAUGAAGAAGAACACCAUCAUCCCAAGCAACACCAUCAGCAUGACGAUGAUGAUGGUCAUGUUACUCACCAUCAUGAAGUAGAACAUCAUCAAGGAAGUCAUCCUCCUCACCAUGGUGAUGGGGAUGAUGAUGACGACGCCGAUGAUCAUCAUCAUGAACUUCACCAUGGGGAACACCAUCACCAUCCCAGUGUCCACCAUGAUGAUGAUGACGACGACGACCAUGACAAGGACCACCAUGAACAUCAUGCCAGCCAUCACCACCACGAUGAUGAUGAUGACGAUGACGACAAUGAUGAAAGCUCUCUUUGCCACUACUGCACAUUCUGCAAGCAUUGUGAUGAAUGUGAUAAGUGCCCCUGUAAAGAAGGAGACCGCAGAGAAUUUUGUGGAAGCUGCCAGUACUGCCAUUACUGUUAUGUUUGCCCUGUGUGUGAGACAGCCUGUACACCUGGGAGUAUUGUAGAUGAGUUAACAGGGGCCUUAUUUCAGACAUUCACCACGAUCUUUGAGCGGCAGGAGCGUUGAGGCGCCCUUGGUGAAGAGGCCAUAAAGGGUGGGUGGGAGCUGGUGACCCUUAGCCUAUAGGGCCAAACUACACAUGACAAACCAUUUUGUAAUUCUCCCUCCACAACAUUUUCCCCUUCUCCUGCCUUUUUGUCUGCUCAAAAUGUCUCCUCACCUCUGCUUUUCUUCCUAUGGGGACAAAAGAUAUGGGGUUCCCUGCGCAGUAGUUUUCCUCACCUUUUGUUCACUAAAAAAUGCUCUUCUCAUGUGGUUUCCAACCUGUAGAGGAAACAUGAGAGGUUCCUUAGUGAGUGGGGUUCCCAUAUUUCCCAAGAGGUGAAAAGGCCCUUGGGAGGGGUGAUUCUUAGUGAACAAACAGCAGGAGGCACUAAGGGUUAAGGAGUUCUUCCACAGUCAAUCCUCCUUUGCUGGUUUCAGCAUACUGCAC